GACUUUGACCUCAAUUCGUCCUCCAGGAGUAUCUUAGUAGAAUGGCUGGAGAAAGAACGUUUUUGUGUAUUAAACCCGAUGCCGUCCAAAGGGGCUACGUGGGCGAGAUAAUUAGUAGAUUCGAGAAGAGAGGCUACAAGUUGGUUGCAAUGAAAUUUAUGAAGGCAUCCGACGAACUUUUAAAGAAACAUUACGCCGAGCAUGUUGGAAAAGGGUUUUUUGAAAAGCUACUCAAAUACAUGUCUUCUGGACCGGUUGUUCCCAUGGUUUGGGAAGGAAAAGACGUUAUAGCGCAAAGCAGAAAGAUGCUCGGAGCAACAAAUCCUUUAAAAUCAGAGCCUGGAACUAUUAGAGGAGAUUUCUCGAUCGAUAUGGGCAGGAACAUUUGCCACGGAAGCGAUAGUACUCAGAGUGCCGAACGUGAAAUUAACUUAUGGUUCUCUGAAAAGGAGAGAGUUGAAUGGAAAUCGAUGGCCGAAAGUUGGAUCUACGAGUAA